AUCGCAGCUCCAGUCCUACUCGUACGCGACGUUUGUCCAGAAGUCCCCCCGGUCCGGUCUGCCGAGCAGUGUAGUGUGUUUAGAGUGUGGUGGAGAGUCUUCAAUUACCAGUUGAACUGCCGCCACUUUCAGAGAAAAGCAAUAGAAGCUUCGAUCGAUUGACACACGCAUACGUCAAGCAAGAAGGGUGUGGUGCACAAACGAAGGAGGAAAAUAAGAAAGAGCAAAGUGCAGUCUUUCGCCACCCGAGGGGACAAGUCGCGAAAGUGAAAGUCAUUUCUAAGUGGUUCGGUGUGCAGCAGUGGUGCAGCAAAUACGCAAAAGCUAAGCAGUGCAUUGCUUGUUAAUUGAAAGUCAAGUUUAAAGAAGAGCUAACAUGAAAUCGCUACUCGUUGCUGUCCUGGCGCUGAGCUGCCUCUAUCUGUACGCCGAAGCUACCGUAGUCAAAUCCUGUCCAUCCACUAAAAGUCUGAUCCCCAUAGAGCAGAACACGAUCGACAUCAGCAACUGCGUCAAAGGCCCAUGCAAGUUGAAGCGCAAAACCAAGGUCGCCAUAAAUCAGAAAUUCACGCCAACCGAGGACAUUAAAUCACUCACGACGACCGUGUUUGCUCAGGUGCUUUCGCUUCCGCUGCCGUUCAUUGGAGUCGAUGGAACCAGUGCGUGCGACUUCAUUUUCGCCGAAGACGGUGAAACCAAGCUGGGCUGUCCGUUGAAGGCCGGCGUACCGGUUGUGUACAGGCGCGAGUUCCCCGUGCUGGAAAUCUACCCGAAGAUGAGCUUGGUCGUGCACUGGGAACUGCAGAGCCGAGGCUCCAAGUCCAUCACCUGUUUCGAGGUGCCGGCGAAGAUCGUCUAAGGAAAGAUUGUUCUUUUUGACGACAAUUUUUAUUUUGAAAGACAACUGUGAGGAAUAUCGUACGUUUAAACACAAUAAACGC